GCUAUGCACGUAGUCGUUGGCCAGCUCGGUGACACCAUGCGCCCAAGGUCAGCCCUCUUGCCUGAGCACAAUCCGCCAUGACAUACUCCGUGCUAUGUUCACGCAUCAGGACGGUGAACAGACGUUCAGUGCUUGUUGACGGAGAUUCAUGUUGACUAGAGGUCAACAUUAACAACUUGUCAGGGAUUCGAAAUACCUGGAGACGAGUAGUCGGGAACCGCUAUAUGCAAGUCCACAGCCGGAGGGACAGGUAACAUGCACUACACGCACACACUACCAUGUUCGAAAUUCCACGAACCCUUCAACCUCACACCAGCACGCCAUCUUGUCUCACUCCACUUUCCUAUCCUGUCAGGUUACUGACAGCAUGUCGCCUCCUUCUAUCCCUCAACGACCAUCACGCAGAUGUUCACAACAGGCCAGCAAGUUCACUGCGUUACUGCCUAACUCGUAUCUCACACGUCGUUGCAUAUGUAGCUCCAGCAUCUGACAGCAUCACUCUCCUCCUCCGAAGCCACAAUCCGACUCUCGCAUGCCUCAUCGUACACUGCGACAACUUUGACGACCUUGCCCGCAAUGACAGAUCACAGCGAGCUUCCACCCUCGUAUCCGUCGCCCAACGACCAAAGAUGUUCUCAAUCGGACAGCAGCUGGAAGACAACAUCCCUGAUGACGUUCAGCUUGGGCUUCGCACCAUGCUCGCUUGUGCGGGAGGCGGAUUUAGCCUCUCACGCUUGGCGGUUCAUUACCUGUUUCACCACAACGAGCUAACGCUUGUCGGCUAGACGACAUGUACGAUGCUUCCAAUACCGUCUCAGAGUGUCUGUUUCGCACUCGAAAAGGUCUUUCGUUUUUCGAAGGAAAGAGAAAGCGCUCUGCCGACUCAUGAGCGGCAGGCGAUGCCAAACAUGUCCGGUCGCAACAAAGCCAAGUGGGCCCACCCGCACGCUUCUGAGCAUUUAUCCUCGCUGGCGCCCUGCU